AUGAUUGCCCCCCAGUUAAGAGUAUUCAGAAGCCACUCGGAGACUUCACAAUGGGUACAGCUCAUGACAAGACGUGAAAGUAUAAAUGAAGCCAAAGAAGCGAUUUUCAGCAUAGAUGACAUUAGCAGCAAACAAGGUUAUCUACCAGCGGGAAUGAAAUACAUUGAAUGUGCCCUCAAAAUCGCCUGCAGUAAAGGAGAAGAGAACGACGACAAAAAAGCUUUUAUUUCCAAGAUUCUGAACAAUAUAGGUGUCGUCUUCUUGAAGCAAGGAAUGUUUGAAGAGGCUAAAGAACACCAUGAGCUUGCACCGAAUCAUCUUGGUUACAACCUGAAUCAGGGCCAAAAGUCGAGUCGAGAAGUUGCGGACUCUUUUAAAAAACUGGGAAAUGUAUUCUAUAGACUAAGCCACUUUGAUGACGCGAAAGAUUACUUCAUCAGGUCGCUGAUGAGGGAAGAGUUGUGUGGUGAAGAGGAUGCUGCUGUUGCUUCCUCCCUUAACAAUCUGGGAUCCAUCUACAGCGUAUUGGGU